AUGGCCGACAACGCAGACGAUCUCGCCGCCACCAGAACCGAGGGGUUCAAGGUCGGAGAGAAGAAGACCAUUGACGAGUACAACCAGCUGGACAAGGACGAUGAAGCCAUGCAGCGCUGGAAGGCCUCACUCGGCCUGAACGCCGGUGAACCCAUCCACGAGCCCAACGACCCCCGCAAGUGCAUUAUCAAGUCUCUCGCUCUGCAAGUCGAGGGCCGCCCCGACGUCAUUAUCGAUCUCUCCACUCCCGGUUCCGUCGAAGAUCUCAAGAACAAGCCGUUCCAGAUUAAGGAGGGCUCCAAGUUCCACAUCAAGGCUACCUUCCAGGUUCACCAUGAAGUUCUGAGCGGUCUCAAGUACCUGCAGGUCGUCAAGCGCAAGGGUCUCCGUGUUAGCAAGGACCAGGAGAUGCUCGGCAGCUACGCACCCAGCACGAACGUCAAGCCUAUCUACGAGAAGAUUUUCGCCGAGGAGGAGGCCCCAUCCGGCAUGAUUGCCCGCGGACACUACAAUGCCACAUCCAAGUUCCUGGAUGACGACGAGAAUACCCAUCUGCUGUUUGAAUGGGCCUUCGACAUCGCCAAGGACUGGUAG